AUGGUUCAUUUAAAUAAGUAAUCCUUUUUUCAAUAUAGAUUAGAUUAAGAUAGUAUUGGAAAUAGAAUAUAAAAUAAAUGAAGUUUAUCCAAAAUUUAUAAAAAAUAGAUGUGCUAAAAUCUGGCUUUUAUUGUGGAAACCAAGAUUUAAAGAAAAUGUAGAUAUAUAAGCUGUUCCAACCAAUUAUAAUUACCAAGCUCCUCCUGUAAGCUAAAAAUAAAUUACUGCCCCUUUUGAGUCAUAAUAAGGUCGACUUGCAUAUAUUGGUAAAUAAUUUACUCCAGGAGUUGGAAAAUAUUAGGUGA